AAGAAAGAACACACUUAGUUAAACAACUAACAAAAACUGCAGCUGCUACGUGCAUAUAUCACCGACGUCACAACCGGUCCGGGUUAAUAUGUUACUAGGGUCAAAGAAGCACCACAUUUCUACAUCACCACAGACAAGAAGYAACGAGCGCUUCCUUGAUUUUAUCUCUUCGUUUAGCGAGAUGGAGGACGACACCAACAAAGAGGAGAGUCAGCAAGAUAAUAAAAAGACGGAAGACAAUGGAAUUGUUAAUGAAAGCUAUGUUCCUGAUUUACCGCCCAAGAAAUCCAAUAUGAGUGCAUCAGCAUCACAUAUCAGCAAUGAAAGGCCUCAAGACAAUCAGUCAUCGUAUAGUGAUGAUACUGAAAGUUAUGUCAGCAAUAUUGAUCUAGAUGYUUCAAUGCCAAGCCAUGCAUUCAGAGAAGUACGAGGAUUACCUUCAAAUAAUGUUCUUAAGCAAAAUAUGAGAAAGACACUCAAAGAAAGGAGACCAAAGUCUCGUGGAAAACUUGAAACUGAUGAAUUUAGUGUUAAUAAUGAAGCUGUGGUGAACAAUGAAGAACAGGUUUUUCACGGAGUUGAUCUUUCUCCUGAUGAGUAUUCUGAUCUCAUGGGACGGCAGAGAGAUAUUAAAGACAUGCCGACGUCAAUCAAACGCAAGCGAACAAUAAAGAAUAAUAUGGAAGUCAAUGCUAAAAAGAAAGGCAAAAUUAAACACAUUAGUGCAUGGAAACAUUUCAAAUUGACGUUUGCCAUGGGUUGGCAACACUUCAAAGAUGCAAGCAGUGAAUUACUGUAUGUUAUGGACUUGUGGAGAGGUCACUUGAAAAUCAUUCAAGGGAUAUUUGGAUCUGGUGUGUUAUCCUACUUCAUUCUGCUACGAUGGCUCUUUCUCAUCAAUUUAGUUGCCUUCUUCAGUACUAUUUUCUUUCUAUUCAUUCCUCAAAUGGUUUAUGAUGCAAGUUACAAAAGCAAUAAUGCUAGUUUUGAAGGCUGGGAGCUUCUUACAGGAGAUGGCUAUUUUACCAAUACUGAGAUGUAUUAUGGUGGAUAUACUGAUAAAGCUAUUCCUAUGGGCAGUGGCUUGGUCUAUAAAAUGCCACUAGCCUAUUUAUGUGUAGGUGGUGGCUACCUUCUCCUCUGUCUGGCAAUUAUGGUCUUCAGUAUGGCUGAAUCGUACCGUGAGAACUACAUCUAUACUGGUGAUGAUUUCAGUUUUUAUGUUGCUAAAGUGUUCUGUGCRUGGGAUUAUGGCAUAACUGAUGAAGAAUCAGCUACUCUUAAGCAGAAAAGUAUAUCCAAUGACCUCAAGGAGGUUAUUGCAGAACAUUUGUUCAAUGAAGAGCGCAGUGGAACAGAGUUAUGCUGCCUUGUGCUUAUACGUAUGUUAACYAAUCUAGUAGUUGUGGCCCUGAUUGGUGGAGGAUGCUUUCUGAUUUAUUAUACAGCUACAAUGUCKUUUGGGGUUGGUGUWGAAGUAUUUGGAAAGCUUUUAUUCCCUAUUAUUGUGUCCGUGCUUAACCUAGUACUGCCUGUGUCAUUCCGUAUCAUUGCCAGCUUGGAGCAAUAUCAACACCCAAAAACAUCCAUCCAAGUCAACCUUGCACGAACUGUUUUGCUUAAAUUGUCAACUAUUGGGGUCAUUCUGAUAUCAUUAUUUAGUGAUGUGACCAGGUGCCGUCAAGGUCUGAAAACACUAGCUGACAGCCAAUGUUUACCAGACAUGAAAGAGUGCUGGGAAACCUAURUUGGAAUUACAUUUUACCGCCUGAUWCUGGUUGACUUCUUCUUUUUGYUGUUGUCAACAUUUUUUGGAGAAUUUGUAAGAAGUCUUUUUGCAAAGUAUGUUGGAUGGUGUGGUCAGAAUAUUGGCUUUCCAGGCUUUGAUAUUUCACGUAAUGUGCUAGAUCUGGUAUAUGCACAGACCUUAGCAUGGAUUGGAACUUUUUUCAGCCCACUUCUUUCAGUUGUGAAUGUAAUCAAGCUUUUUCUAUUGUUUUAUGUCAAAAGGGUUAGUGUCGUACAAAACUGCAAGGCAUCUGGAAGACCAUUCCGUGCUGCUAAAAUGAAUUUGUUGUUUUUGAUGUUGCUAGCUGCAUCUUUUAUGGUGUCUAUAAUUACUGUUGGAUAUACAGUGAUGUCUGAAGAUGCCGAUAUGUUAAAACCAUCCGCAAAAUGCGGGCCAUUCAGAGGUCAGGAGAGGAUGUACCAAGUGAUCAGCAACGAAAUUACAGAUUUUCCUUCAGCUGUCAAAACAGCGAUACAAUACUUGUCAUCAGCCAGUUUUCUAACUAUGUUGUUUUGUAUUCUKGGAAUUGUUGUCUAUUAUUAUAAGAUGUUAAAAGACUCAAAUGAAAAGAAAAUCAAGUUAUUAAAAGAUCAAAUAGCUUUGGCUGGACAAGACAAGUUAUUCCUGAUGGGAAAGAUAACAGCAGGAACUGGUUUCCGUGCAACAAUGGACAAUGGUGCACAAUAAAGUCCAGCUAUAACAUAUAAUCACAACAAUACUGUUAUUUUUAUUUAGUGCAGUCACCAUUUAAACUCAAAAUAUACACAUUAGCUGCUACAAUAGAUAAAAUAGUCAUAAUAAUGCUCCUACUGCCAGUUCUCUUAGAUCUGGACAUUAAUUCAAGGGUGAGCACUAUUUGACCUGUUGUACUUAUGUAGCUGUCUAAUGUACAGGUAUAUUAGACUAUUUGCACAUAUUAAUAAAGGAACUGGAUUUACGAACACAACAAUGGUUGUGGUAUGAUAUAGUUAAAAUCAAUAAUGAUUAUCAAUUUAUAUUGAUUAUUAAUGUAUCACACUAAAUUUAAAAUGCUAUCCAAACAUUUAUGCAUUGCAAUAACAAUAAACAAUAUAUUUCAUUUGUUGUCAAAAUAUAAAAGAAAUCAUAAGAAAUCUCAUAAGAACACAUACGAACAAAUCUACAUGUAUUAUUUGUAAUGCAURAKAAUUAUAUUCAACAAGAACACUGUACAUGAAAAUUGCUCAGUAACAUGUCUAGUCAACUGCCUUUUUACAACUUCAUAAUUAUAUUGUACUAUUUUAUAACCUUUCUUAUAAACAAGACCAUGAUUGGCCAAAGAACAAUAUUUGUUAGCUCUGGAUUUGAUACACAAUGUAAAUUACUWGUAAACCAUAUUCAUUUUGUAAAGAAAGACAAUAAUAAAAGUAGAAUUAGAAUUUCA